UUUGGUUAGACUUGUACCCCGUUAGGUGAUACUCCCCACCGUUUGUCCAGUGGUAACUCUCUGAAGGCAUGGCACCCAACCUUGUCUAUCCUCCUCUGAGUCUUAGAAUAAGGUGUGCCUCCAGCCACCCUGCACCUCCCAGCAUCUGCCUCACCCAGAUUUACUGCCCGACCACAACUGAAAGAGUGGGUCCUGGGCCUCUACUGUGUUUAGUAAGCACCUGCUCUAUGUCAGGACCUGAGUUAGUUGCUGGGAUUUAGAGAUGAUUGAAAACUAAUCACUCUCCAUAAGAAGCUGGCAGUGGAAACGUGGAAACAGAAAAUUACUAUAUAAACAGGUAAAGGCUGAGACAGGAUGGAGUGCUGUGGUCACACAGAGGAGACAGUCUCCACAGCAGGCAUCACCUUGGAGGUGGCUUUUGAAGAAUCAAGAGUUAACCAUGCCAAGAAGCAAACACACAAACUCGUCUUACAGGUCUGCAGAAAACAAGCAGCUCACAGAAACGGUACUGUGGCAGUGAAAGCAGAGCACGCCAUUGCAGGCCCACAGCAGUGCGCACAGUCUGCUGGGCAAGGCAUGAUCUACAGAGAUUAAAACAAACUGUGAUCUCUGCUCCCAGGCACGAUAUAUAUUCCCUAAACAUAAGACAAACUGCUCGGAAUACACUGCGCAUUGAGAAGGGAUGAGGACAGGUGAAUUUAACUCAGGUCCUAAGUACAAAGUUCACUGGGGUGGGGAGGAGAAGCACUCCCAUUAAGGCACUGAACGGGGUGGAUGGAAUGAGAAAAAAAUCAAGGCGAGGCCCCAAGAGGUCAGCGGGAUGGAGAAAGGGAGGAAAAUGAAGCCUGGGCUGGAACUCUGAGACUGGGGCAGGAAAGAGGGUGGGGCCAGUGGGCUCCACCUCCUCCCCGCCUCCCACUUCCCCCACAAGCUACUUUCUUUGGAGUCUGUUCCAGACUGGUGAGGUAGGAACUCCUAAGGAGGGUGACGGGUGACAGGUGACGGGAGGGUCAUGGGAUUGGGGCAGGGGUGUAAGGAAGGGGCCUGGCCCCUUUGCAGAGUCUGUGAGUCCUUGCUGUGCAGAGUUCAGGGAACUCCUGACAUGGUUGCCUGCGAGUUGCCUCCUAGCUCCUGUUAACUGCAGGCAGGAAACUAGAAAUGUGAGCUUACUGAGUUAGAGCCAGGAGAGGGUGGAGGACCCGGGUGGAUGUGGUGUAGAGAGGUCAGAGGUUAUCUGGCUCCUGCCCAUGGCCCUAGGCCUCUGUAAGAUUCUCACGUAGUAGCUGUGGCCCUGUGGCUAAGUUGUGUCUAUGUGCAUUUUCUACCUCCCACGGAGCAUGGACUGACUGGAGGAAAUGUGAAGGUGGGGUCAGACACCAGGAGCCUGGGGAGGGGCCAUGUUGCCGAGCCAGUUGUGGGGGAGCCUGGAGAAGCCGCUUCUCUACCUGUGCUGUGCCUCCUUCUUCCUGGGGCUGGCUUUGCUGGGCCUACAGCCGAACAUCCUCCCUGUUGCUUAUUUCUUUCUGACCUUGGGCGGCUUCUUCAUGUUUGCCUGCCUGCUGGCCUGUUUUCUGGAAUGGGUGUUCCAAUCAAUGCAGCCGGACAGCCCAGGUCCCUCAGGCAAUGCUCGGGACAAUGAAGCCUUUGAGGUGCCACCCUAUGAAGAGGCUGUGGUGUUGGAAUCACAGUGCCGCCCCCAAGAAUUGGAUCAACCACCUCCCUACAGCAGUGUGGUAAUCUCCCCAGGACUCGUGGAGGGACAGCCUGGCCAUCCAGAGGGGCCCACGAGAGCCAGAGUGGAAAGGCGAGUGGGCUCAGAGGGGUCUAUGGCCCCAGGAAGUGCUGGAAGAGCUCCUAUCAGCCUCCGGCUUCGGGGACCACGAGUUGUGUCCACUGCUCCUGAUCUGCAGAGCUUGGGCAUGCUCCCCAAAUUGGAGCCGCUCCCCAGAUUGGAGCCUCUCACUCCACCGCCUGACUAUGAUGUCAGCUUCAGUCACCCUGAUGAUGACAACGUUUUUUAUGAAGACAACUGGACACCCCCCUAAGAGACUGUCCCAGGAUAUAUCAUAUCUCUGCACCAGACCCUCUUAUUCAUUUGACCACUUUUCCCAGUGCCUGCUGGGAACUGGAUUAUCACCAAUGGGGAUUUUAAAAAUAUAUUUUAUU